AUGCGUCGCGAGACUCUGAUCGCCUUCCUCACCCAGCCCAACCCGUUUCUUGACAUUCGCAUCUCCAAGCCCCCCGGGGUCAUGGAUAAGGACCGGCCUUACAUCUCCACGGCAACGGAGUGGAAGUUGACCUUCGCCUACAUCAAGCACACCUUCGGCUUCCUCCUGUACAAGGAGUUUGACUUCCCCGAUCUCUUCACGGACCUCAGCGACACGCAGAAGAUAGUCUUCGACGAGGACACCUUCAGGCGCCUGGUCACCCAGUGGAACAUCAAAAUUGUCGGCACUGCCCUGCGCGUCGUCACCAAGGCCCUGGCCCACGUGCCCGAGUUUCCCAAGCUCUGCCUCACCUCCGGCUCCUCCGGACUCUCUAACAACGAGAUUGGAGAGCCACACUUCGCCGUCCUCCCAGCCGAGGCUCCCGCUGCCGGAGAGCAGAAGCACACGUGCCUCGCCCCCGGCGUCGCCAAGGUCACCCGCCAGCUGUACAAUUCCUCCUUCCCCGUCGACGACGUGAGCAACAUCUGGGCGAAGAAAUACCUGGCCGAGAUGUCACACUACGCGAACACGCGCGGCGCUAGAUACUGCUGGUGCAUCACGCCCGUCCAGCUCAUGGUCUGUCGUCGCCGAGCCUCGGAUACUCAGGGCCAGAUCGUCCCCGAGGUCGCGACCUUCUCCUGGGUUCCGGGACCGCACCAAGGCAUCUCGGUCAACUUGGCUCUCUUCUUCGUCGUGCUUACUGCGGGCCUCGGCAACGACGUGCGCUCCAGCUACAAGGACAUCAGCAUCGAGCACCGGGAGAAGCUUCAGAAGAUCAAGGCUGCUGUGGGCGCCCUCUGA